UGCAAAGGAGAUUCAGGAAACCUCUCAAGGCUUGAGGGAGGUCUGGCGUGUCUACUUCUGACCUUGGCUCCGGUUCCUUGAAGGGACUGAGAGCUUGUUAGCUCUGAAGAUGGGAGGCAGGACCACCUGUCUGCUCCUGGCUCUGUUUCUUCUCAUCAUCCCAGGCUCAUCUGCCGUCUCGGGUCCCAGAACAGUGAGAGGUGUGGAGCAGGGCUCACUGACUGUGCGGUGUCGAUACGACCCUGGUUAUGAGCCCUACGUGAAGUGGUGGUGCCGGGGGGCUGACCUGAGCAGCUGUCGGUUCGUUGUUAAAACGAACCUUGGAUCAGAGAAGGAGGUGAAGCAGGGCCGCGUGUCCAUCAAGGACAACUGGAAAGACCGCUCGUUCACUGUGACCAUGGAGAAGCUCCGGCUAGACGAUUCAGACACUUAUCGGUGUGGGAUUGAGAGAGUUGGAGUUGACCUGUGGGACGACGUUGAUGUGACCAUUGACCCAGCACCUACAGUGUCGAUCUCCACCCGCGCCACCUCCAAUGCCAACAUGUUCACGGCAUCAGUUCCCCCAGAAGAGAAUCAAGGGCAACUGCCCCUGCUGGGCAGCGUCCACUUCCUGCUCCUGGUCUUCCUGAAGGUGCCCCUACUCCUGAGCAUGCUUGGUGCUAUCGUCUGGGUCAAUAGGCCUCUGAGGAGCUCCAGGGGGAAGCCCCAGGAAAACCAGUAGCCCCCAUGCUCUUCAUGUUGUCCAGAGAGAAAGACCCUCAAAUAGAACAAAAAGGCAUUUUUCUUAGGCAAUGACAGUGGUCAGUGGCGACUGUGGUUCUUGAGGCAGCGUGGCACCCCGCUUCAAGAAUCAGUCCCCUAGUCCCUGCAUGCUCUGAUGCUCUGGCCUGGCUCUAGUUUCGCCCUUCCCUGCACAGCCUCUGGCCUUCUUCGUCCUGAGGCCUCCAUCACAGGAGAAACUACACGAAGGAAUGGAAGAGCGGAUGCCUUCUUCUGGGCCCAGUUCCUUGCAGGACAUAUAUGAUCUCAAGUCUGUGUCACACACAACGUAAUGCACUUGUUUUUGCAUUGUGUGCGGGGCAGAGGUCAGCCAACCGUUGGUUUGAGAUUCUCUGUGUGUGCUUGAUUGUGUCUGACUCUUUGUGACCCCAUGGACUGUAGCCUACGGGGCU